AUCUCUCUCUCUUUCCCCUUUUGUUUGAACAGGAUAUAUGUAUGGUAAUAGUUUAAAUAUUUGGAUGGUAUGACUCUUGGCUACGUCGCCCGCUCUUCUCAUUUUAUAGAUAUGUAUUUAAGCUACUAGUAUAUAUACCCUAUUUAUUAAUCUAAUAUAAUUGAAACAUAGCAAAAAGUUAUUAGCGUAAAACUAAAUUUUUCACCAGAUCAAUUUGAAAAAAAGUGCACUGUCAACCAAAACAGCGUUGAAAAAAAAAGUUUGGCUGCUGUUCUGUUAGAUUCUUUUAACUUCUAUUACCCUUACAACUUUACAAUCAAUACAAUCAAGUGAAAGAUGAGUCAGCUUGCACCACCGCAACAUGCCCAUCCUGGUGCUCAACCUGGUGUUGAACAAGUUCAAACCACAAAUCAAAGAAGUCCAGUGGCUGUAAAUAUCGCCAAUUAUUUGUUUCAGAAUCCAAUCUUGAAACAAAGAGUUGGGUUGAUGGAUAAUGAAAGAGAUAUGUCAUUUUUUAGAUACAAACGUUUGAAUAGAGCUUUAUUAAGUGAAGAUUAUAAGACUCGUCAAGCUAAUCCUAGAAAUGGUUUGAUUCCCAUCAAUGAUGAUGCCGAAGCUCAAAGAGUAUUAAUAUUAUUGAUUCAAAAUCAAUUAAUUAUUCCUAUUAAUAAAUUACAUUAUGCUGAAAUCAAAGCUAAAAGAGGAUGGAAACCAAAUAAGACUAAGCCAACCUUAACCAAGGGUGAAAAGGCCUUUCUUGAUCCUGAUGCUUAUUAUGGUUGGUUAUAUGCUAAACCAAAUCCAUUUCAAUUAUUAUAUAGUAUCUUAGCUGUGAUUGGAGUAUUUACUGUUAUUUUAUUCCCAUUAUGGCCAUAUUUUAUGAAGAGAGGGGUUUGGUAUUUAUCAAUGGCAGCAUUGGGCUUGAUUGGAUUAUUCUUUGUUGUUGCUAUUGUUAGAUUGAUCUUGUAUGUUAUUUCCUUAGUGGCAUUACCAAAACCUUUCUGGUUAUUUCCUAAUUUAUUUGAAGAUUGUGGAGUCAUUGAAAGUUUCCAACCUCUUUAUGGAUGGGAAGAACCAAAAAAGAAGAAAUCAAAAAAGAGUAAAGCCAGUGCUAGUGGUGAAACUGCUGCUGCUACUCCAAGUGAAUCAGUCUCAAGUGCCAGUAACACCACUUCUAGUGGUGCUAACGUUGUAGCUAAUGGAUCAGCUACUACCAAACGUAGAGCUGUAUUAGAAGAAGUUGACGAAGAAUAGAUGUCCCUAAUUAUUCUAUAUAGAUACCAUCAUCAUCUAAGUAAUAAUAUUUGCAGUAUAAUACAUGAAUUAAAGUUAUAUAUAUAGAAUUUA